AUGGUCUUCCUCAACCUGCUAACUUUUGGUCUGUGGGGGAAGUUCGGGAGGUUAACUCACUAUGCUUUUGAUGCUGUGCUCAUCUCAACUAUCCUCGCGGGAAUGAAGAGGUCCACGGGUUUGACUUUCAACACAGAAAAGAUCACCGACAACAAAGACGUCAAGAAAUGGAUCGACACCUACCUCGACGUCGGCGAAUGGGUCAUGGACAAGUCCGUCACCAUCGCGGCGGCGAGCGGGUGGUUCAAGCAUGUGAGAUGA